AUGAAUUGUUCAACACUAUGUUCCUUGUUGGUGACUCUUUGUUUGAUCCUCAUUUUUCAAUCUCCUUUGCCAACAAAGGCUGGUAGAUCUCACGUUCAUCACAGACUACUCGGUGCUGGUGCUAGUCCUGAUCUCAUUGACAUAGUCUGCAACGAAACCAUAGAAGACUAUGGUUUGUGCCAGGAAGUCCUGAGAAGAGAUCCUGAAAUCGUGAAAGCCAAAAACUUCACCGAACUUGCACAGGCAAUUCUGAAACUGGGGGCGAAGGAGGCAGUGGAAGGGCAAAAUUUUCUUAAGGGUUUGGCGAAGGAGAAACAUGUUCCGGUCAUUGAAGACUGUGCGGCUGACUAUGAUGGGGUGAUCAGAGCCCUCAGAUCUUCCCUUGGUGAGAUGAAAUAUGAUAUGCCUGCUGCAAACUAUGAUGCUAGAAUUGCUGGCGAUGGAGCUGAUUACUGUAGCACAGCUUUGGUUGCUGCAGACAUUGAUAACCCUAAGAUUUUUGCUCUUAACCGUCGAGUAUCCAUGAUUGGCUUUAUGGCAUUCAAUGCUAUGGAUAAAAUUGGUCCAGAGUAG